AUGAAGGGCGAAAUCAUCUCCCCCUGCGCGGGCUACAUUGGCACGGCUGGAGAAGCUGCGAGACAAUUCAGCACGGGAAGUUUCGUCAAUUACUCUACGCAUAACGCCGUCAUUCACAUGGCAAUGGUCUUUCGUUCGUGGGAGUUUACCAUCACCUCUUUCAACAGCUCCACCUGGAUGAAGCAUUGCAACGGACAGGUGAAAGCCCUCGCGAUUAUGACUCUGGCUUCGAAAAAGCAUAUUCAGAAUCUACACUGCGAUGUUGGCCCUCAAAAUUGGUACCAAGCUCUUCAGAAUUUCGGCGCCAACUAUGGUCAUCCUUUCAAGGACUAG